AAGUGAGCAGCAGUCCGGGGCUCCGGCUUCUUCAGUGCUCUCCGCUCUGCGGGACAUGGCACACGCUCCUUCCCUAUCAAUGGGGCUGAGGCUUCCACUCACCCCGAAGUCCACAACCCAGGACUGAGCUGGAAGCGAUCUCCUUCACUAUGGCUUCUUGCCAGUUUAUUAACUCAAGUUUGACGGACAGUAACAGCAGCGACACUGGACUCAGCCUGUCCCAAAAAUGGAUGAUGGGAGCAGGCUUGACCUUCAUCAUCCUGGUUAUUGUAUUUGGGAACAUGCUGGUCAUCAUUGCCAUAGCCAGGACCCCAAGAUUACAAACCAUGACCAAUGUCUUUAUUACCUCCUUGGCUUGUGCGGACUUGAUAAUGGGACUUCUGGUGGUGCCACCUGGUGCUACCAUUCUGGUGAGUGGGGUCUGGAUGUUUGAGACUACAGUAUGUGAACUUUGGACCUCUGUGGAUGUCCUUUGUGUGACAGCCAGCAUAGAGACCUUGUGUGUGAUAGCAGUAGACAGAUACAUUGCUAUCACCUCACCUUUGAAGUAUGAGAUGCUGGUCACUAAGGUAAGAGCAAGGUUGGUGGUCUGUUUUGUAUGGGCUAUAUCAGCUUUGAUCUCUUUCCUACCAAUUAUGAACCACUGGUGGAGAGACACACAGAAUGAAGAAGCCAGGAGAUGCUAUGACAACCCCCAGUGCUGUGAUUUUGUCACUAACAUGUCAUAUGCCAUCAUUUCUUCAACUAUGUCCUUCUAUGUUCCUCUGGUCAUCAUGAUCUUUGUUUACGCUAAAGUAUUUAUAGUGGCCACCAGACAGGUCAACUUGAUAGAAAAGGACAAAGUGAGGUUUAAUGGAACGCCAGUGCCCUCAUCUAAGAACGGGAGGACUUCCAAAAGAAGGCCAUCAGGGCUACUAGCCAUCAAGGAACAUAAAGCACUCAAGACUCUGGGCAUCAUCAUGGGCAUCUUCACUCUUUGCUGGUUACCAUUCUUUGUGGCCAAUAUCAUCAAAGUGUUUUGUAGGGCGCUGAUCAAUGACAGUGUGUUCCUGUUUUUGAACUGGUUGGGUUAUAUCAACUCUGGACUUAACCCAAUCAUAUAUUGCAGGAGCCCAGAUUUUAGGAAGGCCUUCAAAAAGCUUCUGUGCUGUCCUAGGACUGCAGACCACAGCAGGCUACACACCAUAACGAAGGACCCAAAGAGGUGUCAGUAUCCCUCCAGCAACCAGCUGGACUAUGAGGGUAUGAGACAUGUGACAGAUGGACAAGAGGGUAAUGGAAGCCUCAGUAGCAGCAGUCGGUGUAGUAGCAGGACUGAGGAAACGGGUCUGAAGACCAGCAAUGGGAACCACCACCACCAUGAUCGAUCUGACAUAAGAUGUUACACCAGGGAUUAUAAAGACGAUCCUAUUGCAUGCUAACAUGCAAAGCUCAGGAAAAUGAGUGGAAAAGAAAUCUACAAAUCUAGACGUCUUAACAAUACCAACUCACGUUGCUGUUACAUUCAUUUACUCUGACAUACAAGCCUACUCAGGUAUUACAGUCUUGCACCGAGAUAUGGAACCCCCUGCCUUCCCCGGUGUUCUUCACUCCAAGUUUCCCAAGCCAUAGGACUGCGUGUACAAAACUGAAUCGUCUUGAGAUGCCUUUCAUGCCAAAAUAUAUCUGUUUUAGCCAACUCUCUGUGUUUCCUUCCUGUGUUUAACAUAAACAGAUGCCACUGUUGGCGAUUUCCAUGAUUGCCAUUUGCAAAUGAUAUUCUCAGGGCCGGAUUAAAAGACUUGUGUUGUUACAUAAACCACUGAUUUAUCUGUCCUCCAUUGUGGUGUGCAGCGUUCUUCUAUUUUAUUCGAAGCUUCCUCUGCGGUCUGUAUUUUUGGAUAAUUGUAUUAGGAUUUUAGUUGGGCUGGGUUAAUAUUAAAUGGUAAUUUUAUUAUA